AUGAAUACUAAAAAUCUUAUUGACCUUAGUUCAAGUGAGGAAUAUGAAAGUAAUAACUCUAAUAGGGAUAAUGAUUCGGACGAUGAAUUUGUAGAAGACGAUGAACUAAAUAACAAUGAAGAUGCAAGUUCAAUUAUAGACCAUCUUCUUGCAGCUUCAGAAGCUAGUUUUGAAAAAAGAAAUGACCAGAAUUAUAUACUGGGCUUUCUGCAAGAACUCCUACCGGCCGCUGAUGAAGAAGAUAUUGAAGACUAUAGUUCUUUUAGGAGAGAAUGCGAUGAUAAUGAAUCGGAGGAUAAUAAUGAAUCGGGGGAUGAUGAUAAAUCGGAGGAUGAUGAUGAAUCAGAGGAUGAAGAAGUUUUGAUUAAUAAAACUAUUGAAUUUGUGAACAAAACAAUGAAUGAAAAAAUACUCUCAAAAAUGCUCUCAAAAACUAAAAAAACUCGUUAUACAGCAGUUUUUUACUUUCUUCGGUUGCUUCUAGAUGGUCAAGAGAAAAUGGAGGCAUCAGAAACAGUUGCAAAGAGAGAAUUAAUCCCAUUAAGCCUGAGAGAAAAAUUGCCUACCAAAAGCCCGUUUCAUGAUGAAUUUGUAUCUCUUCAGUUGGCUGCUUACUUACGAACUCAAAAGUUCAAAGCAACUCCUGAACCAGUUUAG